GCCUGACACAGGCCACGCGCCGCGCUAGGGUUUUCCUCCUCGGCCGCGGGCUCGGGAUCUCGCGCCGCAAUGCAGCAUCCGCGCCGCUGAUCCCGGGGCCCGCCUGCUUCCUUCCUUCCGCGAACGCCGCCUCUGCUGCAGCGGGCGGCCGCCAUGGCGCGGCGCCACGGGUGGCAGCUCCCCGCCCACACCCUGCAGGUGGUGGCUAUAACUGUGUACUUCUUGCUUUGUAUAGCGUUCUAUGCUUUCUUCUCUCCAUUUCUGGGGAAGGACGUGUAUCAGUAUGUCGCUGUGGGUGUUUAUAGUUUUCUGGCCUUAUCUGUGCUGAUCCUAUAUGUUAGAUGUACUGCGAUUGAUCCUGCUGACCCUGGCAUCCUGAUUUCCAUGGACGGUACUCUAAUUUAUAAAUCAGAAGCACAUACAGACGCUCAAGACGAAGGUGGCAAGUCAGGAUCGAGAAACAGCGAGGAUAUCCCUAAGCAUAAAUCGUGCUUAUGUAGGGUUUGUUUUUGUUGCGCUAUUUUUACUAUAGAGGAUUGUCGCAAAGAGGAUGAAGUUAACCAACAAGAGGAUUAUGGUGAAGAGGCACUCUUUUGCACCCUUUGCAAUGCGGAGGUGCGAAAACAUAGUAAACACUGUAGAAGUUGCGAUAAGUGCGUUGAUGGCUUUGAUCAUCACUGCCGGUGGCUGAACAACUGUGUUGGAAGAAAAAACUAUAUCACAUUCUUAUGCCUUAUGGCUGUGAGUCUUGCUUGGCUCGCCGUUGAGUGUGGAGUUGGUAUUGCUGUUUUUGUUCGUUGCUUCACUGAUAAGACAGCCAUAGAAGAUCAGAUUGGAGAAAAGCUGGGUUAUGGCCUUUCACGAGCACCCUUUGCAACCAUUGUGGCCCUGGGUACAGCUCUUUCGAUGCUUGCUUCAGUGCCGCUAGGAGAGCUAUUUUUCUUCCAUAUGAUAUUGAUCCGGAAGGGCAUCACAACUUAUGAAUAUGUUGUGGCCAUGAGGGCUCAGAGUGAUCCACCUGGACCUUCUGUCCAUGAUGAUCAGCAGAGCUUGGCAUCUUCUCCAAUGAGUUCUGCACCAACUGCUUUUAGUGGGAGCUCAUUUGCACGGCACUACAAAGGCGCAUGGUGCACUCCCCCUCGUAUCUUCAUUGACCAGGAUGAAAUCAUCCCACACCUGGAACCUGGACGAGUUCCUUCAACUGUUGAUCCUGAUACCACAGACCCCGCUGAAAGAGCCAAAAAUCAUCCUAAACGUCCAGUCCGCAUCAGUGCGUGGAAGCUUGCAAAGUUGGACUCAAAUGAGGCCAUGAAAGCAGCAGCAAAAGCAAGAGCCUCUUCAUCGGUGCUGAAACCGAUCAAUACCCGCAACCAGUAUGAGGCAGACAGUGAUAACCUCAGCAGCAGAAGCAGUGUCAUAAGUGCUGAUACUGGGCACCACAGAUAUCCUCCGUCUGGCGGUAAUUCACAGUACAAGCCCUCUUAUCCACCCAGCAGAGCAAGUGCAGAUGACAUCGAGCUGUAUCCUCGGACACCGAGCAGCUUCCAGAGCAACUCGCGUACUCCAACUCCGUUAGCCGAGCACCAUCCCUCCAAGCAUUUCAACCCAAUCUAUCAGACGUCAGCAAACAGGUCUCCAUUCUCAGUGAGAGCCAGCGUCAACGAAGCGCCUGUCACUGAAACCAGCAACGCCAGGAGGUCCUACCCCCCACCACAAGCAGAAAGAUCUCUGCGGUCAUCUGUUUACUGGGAUCAGGAAGCAGGCAGGUUCGUGUCCGCUCAGGCAAACCAGGGAUCCAGCUCUCGCUCAGGCCGCCCUGACCUUCUGUACACCGGGCAGUCUAUAUUCUUUGGCGGACCUCUAAUUACAGAUCCUGCAGCGAGAAGUUUCAGAGACCCCGGGGGUUCUAGCCAACGGUCUGCCGGGCCUCGGCCGCACCAGCUCCCGGUGUUUGUUCCCAGUGACCCCCAGAAAGAUCAGCUCUCCAAGUUACCAUGAAACAAACAGUUACCCUUUUUGGAGUAGCCUUCAGAAACACAUGUUUCUCCGCUCGGUUAUUUAAUGUAUAGUUCUUAGCUCUUACAUCUGACAAAUUGUAGGUCAUGAUUUUUUGUACCCAGUCGAUGGAAAUUGAGGUUGCUCUAGGCAUCGGCAACCUUUUAACACCAAGUCAUGGAAGUGAUGAGGAGUCCUAUUUCUAGUUCUUGGUACUAGUGAAGUGAUAAGGAUGUUCUGGUCACCAUUAGCUUGACCAGAACAUGCCGACAACUACAAAUGCGAAAAAUCUAUUGGCUAAUCUGGAUCGAUUUUCCCCUAUCUGA